AAGUGGCAAAAUUGAGUUAACUCGUGAAACAAUCAAAUAUGUUGUUGACAAUUCGUCAAUAACACUUUCUAUACUUUAGUCAUACACUAACUCUCGAAAGCAAAAAAUUUCAAAGAUUAUUUGACGUAACGUCAUUGACGUUCUUCUUUGGAAUUUUUUUUUUUUUUAUCGAAAGAACGGUUAACAAUCUGCUUUGAUGUCAAGACAUUCUGCUACAUUGAUAUAUAACUAUAUAUUUCAUUAUUACAAAACAACAUCUGUUCUAGCUAAGAGACAUAAUAAUAUUUUCGUAAUUUUGUUAUUUGCAAAAGAGAACUAGUGUCGUGUAUGUCCAUUAUUCGAUUCAUCUUAUUUUGAAUUGUUGAUAUCAAUUGAAGUUCAAAUAGCGAAAUAAAAAAACGAAAAAUAAAAAAAUAGUAAACGAACAUUCUGAAUGAACAAAAACGAAAUAAAAUGCUAGUAUUGCACAAAAUAAAAUGGACCUUUGUGACAUUUAUUUUUGGAUUUUUGGGCAGAAGUGAAGCUCUAAAUAUAGCUGUUAUUGGAGCCGGAGCAGCAGGUCUUACUAGUGCCAAAAAUGCUAUCGAACAGGGACACAAUGUAAACAUUUACGAAAAGACCGGAGUACUCGGAGGAAUAUGGUAUUAUACCGAUAAAACUGGGGUAGAUGAGUACGGUGUUGAUAUUCAUACUCCGAUGUAUCGUGAUCUCAGGACAAACAUACCAUAUCAGUUGAUUGAAUUUCCUGGAUAUGAAUAUCCAGAGGAGACACAAGGAUAUCCAUCCCACACCGAAAUAUUAAAAUAUUUAAAUUCUUAUGCAAGUGAUUUCAAUUUAACGGAGCACAUAAAAUUCCAUCAUUUGGUUGACAAAAUUGUUUCAAUUAAAAACAACAAAUGGAAAAUAACUGUUAAAAAUAUGACAAACAAAAAACGGACCGAAACUAAAAUAUUUGAUGCUGUUUUUGUUUGCACUGGUAUCAAUUCGGAACCACGCAAACCCGAGAUAGAAGGAGUUAACAAAUUCAAAAGAAUUUCUAUGCACAGUCACGAUUACCGUAUACCUGAAACCUUUAGUGGAAAGGAUGUUCUUGUUGUCGGACAAGGUGUCAGUGGUCAUGAUAUUGUUAAUCAACUCCAAGGGAUUGCCAAAUCAGUAUUACACAGCUCCUAUAAACCUGCUCCCAUUCCAGAAAUUUCUACUACGAAAAAAUUGAUAGGAAAGGCUCGAGAAUUUUGCAGCAAAGGUUUUGAUGACGAGGAAGAAGACCCUCCAUUAUCCGAAAAGGAAUCUAACUUGGUCACUUUUGGCAAUGUUAAACGUUUCACUGGAAAAAAUUCUGUUGAAUUUCAGGACGGGACACGAAGAAAUAUCUCUGUAGUUAUUUAUGCAACAGGCUAUAAAUAUUCUUAUCCAUUUUUGAAGAAAAACACUGGUAUCCAAGUUCAUGACAAAUACGUAUAUCCAUUGUAUAAGCAAAUUUUAAAUAUUGAACAUUCAACAAUGGCCUUUAUCGGGGUUCCUUACAGUGCUGCACAUUUUUGGAUGUACGAUUUGCAGGCUCGCUUUGCAUUAAAAUACAUAUCUGAUGAGAUAGUCCUGCCGCCACAUGAUGAAAUGAUAAUGGAAUCGAAGAAACUCAUAGUAAGAAACAAACCUCAUUUAUUAGGAUAUGGCCAGAGAAGAUACUGUACAGAUUUGGCAAAAACUGCGGAUAUUGAAGACAUACCGGGAGUUAUAUCAGACUUAUUUUCGUUGGCAGUAACAGUCAAAGAAUUUUAUGACUGUCAACAAAAUAAUUUUCAACAGCUACAUUCUAUGUUAACAUCAAGGACAGUGGCAAUAAAAUAUGCAUUUCCACGUUGA